GUUAUUUUGUGAAGGUCAAUAUAUGCCAUACUGCUAACAUGGCGGUUGCGUCUGUGCGCAGCAGUAUUGUCCAGGUUACGAAUGUGUCUCCUACUGCUACUUCGGAGCAGUUAAGAACUCUGUUCGGGCAUAUAGGUGUCCUAGAAGAGUUUGUCAUAUAUCCUGGAGAUGAUAAAGAGGAACCAGCUAGCAGGGUGGCCUUUAUUCGUUAUCAUGAACCUAUAAACGCUGAGGUGGCGUUGCACCUUAACAAUACAGUUUUUCUUGAUCGGGCGUUGAUUGUACUUCCGCUUGCUAACGGCUUGGACUCCAUCCCGGAUGAGAAGUAUGCUAACCUCGUAAGGGCACCACCGAAUACUGCUGCUGGCGUUCUUCCUCGCACUGCUGACUGGCCCUUGGACGUCAUCAGUAUGGUUGUCGGUCGCCCUGGUGAACAAGUCAUUCAUACCAUUGAGCCUAGGCUGACUACACUUGCCUUCCCUCUCUAUCCUCCUCUUGCAGCCACGACGGACGGCAGCCGCAUUGAGGAGAUCCGCCGCACUAUUCUCGUAACCAAUCUCGACCCAAAAACUACCGGUGAUCAGGUUUUAGAAUUCUUUAAUAAGCAUGCCGAGGUUCGCUGCGUACGGAUGGCCGGAACUGAAUUUGAUCGCGCCGCGUAUGUCGAGUUUACUCAGCAACCAUCUAUCGUUAAAGCGUUCGGUCUGAUGGGCGCCACACUCAAUGGCCGACAGAUCAUGGUGCAACAUUCGAAUUGCGCGAUUAUUAAGCCCGCGAACAACUUUGCUAUGUUUGACGAUGGAUCCAAGAUAGCUGCAGCUGUCGAAGCAAAGUCGGAGCACAGACGGUACAAGGAUCGAAGUAGAAGCCGUUCUCGAGAUAGGCGCUCUCAUUCACGCCGAAGAUCCACUUCAAGACGACGUCGUUCACGUUCCCGCGACCGACGUCGAUCACAUUCGCGACACGGAAAACGGCGUUCACGCACGCGCUCGCGAUCUCAUGGACGACGGCGGCACUCGCGAUCCAUCAGUCGUGACCGACGACGUAGUAACCGGGGCAGAUCGAGCCUGUUCUUCCGGUCACCAUCUGUGUUUCCUGUAUCACGUGAACGACGGCGAUAUCGGCGUUCUCGUUCGCGAUCAGAUAGACGUCGUUCCUCACGUAGCCGAUCACGUGGCAGGCGCACCGAUCGCUACGACCGAGAUAGGGAUCGUGACCUUUAUCGAAGUGGGAGGGAUCGAACUCGCGAGAAAGAUCGACGGGAUAGGGAUUAUGAUAAGGAUAAGGAUAGACGUCGGGAUAAAGAUAGGGAUCGUCGAAGAGAUAGCAAGUCUCGUAGGCACCGGGAUAGCAGUGAAAAACGAACCCUCGAUUCCCACCGUGACGAAAGAAGGUCGGAGGAGCCACGUUCAACGGCUGUCGGUGGUGACCAUACUCCUAGAGGUGCCGUCUCGGAGAGCGGUAAUUCGGCCAGCAAACGAGUACGACGAGCUAGUAGCGGCACCAGUUAUGCCAGUGAUAGCAGAAGCGACAAUGGUAGCAAUGUGCGCCAACCUUCAGUCAAAGAAUCCACUCCACGUCACAACGGAAAGAGCAAUCUUGAGGAUUCCCCUUCUCGCUCAUUUAUGAGUGAAACCGAUGUUCAAACAUCCGACCGUGGUAACCCUUCGGACACAGAAGCACCUGAUCAUCCCUCCCCCAGUAGCACAUCCAAAACAGACGCAGCUCCUGAUCCACCUAAUGAUGCCGACUCGUCCAGUGAUGCUAUGGACACGGAAGUGUAAAAAAUUUUAACUUCUAUCCUUCACAUCGGUACCAUAUUAUUCCGUUAUUGUUUUAUAUGAUGCAUUAUACAUACUUCUUCCCGACUUUUCUUGUAUCCUGCGGUUAGUCCUAGAGUACUUUAUAGUGUUCUCAUUUUCUCCGUGGUCAACUGUGACCUGUUCGUCAAUAUGUUCCAACUAAUACUUGGAGCCAUAUUCCUUAUUUUUGACCUGUCUACAGCUAGUUGGCGAAUUUCUUAGAGGUUGAUUCUGUCUUGCGCAUUUUCCAGCAUCCAGACGACAAUAAUAGAUCUUUUACUUAGACCACUAGUUGCUUUGGAUCACUGGAAAUAAAUACUCAUGGUGUAAUGUAAGUCAGCCCUUCAAACUUUCCCGGCUGGCAUGCUACUUACGUUAGUCACCGGAAAUUUCUUAGUUGCAGAUGCA